UCGCGAGAUCUGCAUUGGGGUUUAUUAGCCACUCGUGACCACAAAGACGUAAACUUAUCGUCUUUGAAAUCCUUGCUGGUAGCUGAUGGAGCAAAUCCAUGGUCGCUAUCCUCUUGUGAUCAAUUCGCUGCCACCUUUGCUGCCCAGGGACUGAAGCCUGAAGCGAUGUGUCCUUGUUCUGGCAGUUCAGAGACUGGCACGAUAUCAUUGAGGAAGCGUACAUCGAGCGGGAGUGGCAGCAGUGGGCGAGGAAUCCUGUCAAUGGCUGCCUUGAGCCAUUCGGUCGUUAGAGUGGACAAGGAGAAUUCCCUUACGAGCUUGACAUUGCAGGACGCAGGUCAGGUUAUCCCAGGCGGUUCUGUAGUCGUUGUGAAACAAACGGGUCUACCAAGACUAUGCCGUGCGGAUGAACUGGGAGAGAUAUGCUUAUGUGCAAAUUCAACGGGUCAUGCUUAUUGGGGAUUGGAAGGAGUAUCGGCGGCAACGUUCAAGGUAAUUAAUCGAGCUCAAAUUUGCUUGAUUUUUGGCUCAAAUGUUUUACAAUCUAAAUUUUUAGUAUUUCCAUCAGUACCCUAG